AUGACGAUUUGCCCUUUUAGCGAGAUCAGAGGCCCCCCCGAGCUGCUGCUGGCCUCAGCCCCCAUCCCUCCAGCUUUUUGUCCACCUUUCUUGCUUGGUGGUGCCCUGGAGCCGCAGACGGAGGCUUUGCCUAAUUACCAGUGUCUUCUUGUGGGCACCCUGGACGUGGUGUUGGACUCCAGUGCCCGCGUGGCCCCUUAUCGAAUCCUGCACCAGACCCAGGACUCCCAGGUCUACUGGACAGUGGCAUGUGGUUCUUCCCGCAAAGAGAUCACAAAGCACUGGGAAUGGCUGGAAAAUAACUUACUCCAGACGCUGUCCAUCUUUGACAAUGAGGAAGAUAUCACCACCUUCGUCAAGGGCAAGAUACACGGCAUCAUCGCAGAAGAGAACAAGAACCUGCAGCCCCAGGGAGACGAGGACCCCGGAAAGUUCAAGGAGGCCGAGCUGAAGAUGCGGAAGCAGUUCGGGAUGCCAGAGGGGGAGAAGUUGGUCAACUACUACUCCUGCAGCUACUGGAAAGGUCGCGUGCCCCGGCAGGGCUGGCUCUACCUGACCGUCAACCACCUGUGCUUCUACUCGUUCCUGCUGGGGAAGGAAGUGAGCCUUGUGGUGCAAUGGGUAGACGUCACAAGGCUGGAGAAGAAUGCCACACUGCUCUUCCCCGAGAGCAUCCGUGUGGACACCCGGGACCAGGAGCUCUUCUUUUCCAUGUUCCUGAACAUCGGUGAGACCUUCAAGCUCAUGGAGCAGCUGGCCAACCUGGCCAUGCGGCAGCUGCUGGACAGUGAGGGCUUCCUGGAGGACAAGGCACUGCCCCGGCCUUCCCGGCCACACAGGAACAUCUCGGCUCUGAAGCGAGACCUGGAUGCCCGAGCCAAGAACGAGUGCUACCGGGCCACGUUCCGGCUGCCCAGGGACGAGCGCCUGGAUGGCCACACAGGCUGUACGCUGUGGACCCCGUUCAACAAACUGCACAUCCCUGGCCAGAUGUUCAUCUCCAGCAACUACAUCUGCUUUGCCAGCAAAGAGGAGGACGCAUGCCACCUCAUCAUACCCCUCCGGGAGGUGACUAUUGUUGAAAAAGCUGACAGCUCCAGUGUCCUGCCCAGUCCUCUGUCCAUUAGCACCAAGAGCAAAAUGACCUUCUUGUUCGCCAACCUGAAAGACCGUGAUUUUUUAGUUCAGAGGAUCUCUGACUUCCUCCAGAAGAUGCCAUCCAAGCAGCCGGGCGGCAGUGGAGUGGGAAGAAAAGCCAGCACUGUGGAGCCGGCCCCAGAGCCUUGCCCAGCUCCUCCAAAGGCGUCAGAUCAGCUCACCAGCCCCUCCACACCCCUUGGUGGCCGCCAAAGCUCCAGCGUGCAGGAUGCACCGACCUCUUCCCAGGGUCUGCUCAAACUCUUCCAGAGAAAUUCGCCCAUGGAGGACCUGGGGGCCAAGGGGGCUAAGGAGAAGAUGAAAGAGGAGUCGUGGAACAUUCACUUCUUUGAGUACGGGCGUGGUAUGUGCAUGUACCGCACGGCCAGAACGCGGGAGCUGGUGCUGAAAGGCAUCCCCGAGAGCCUCCGGGGAGAGCUGUGGCUCCUCUUCUCUGGGGCCUGGAAUGAGAUGGUGACUCACCCUGGCUACUACGAGGAGCUGGUGGAGAAGUCCACAGGGAAGUACAGCCUGGCCACAGAGGAGAUUGAGCGAGAUCUCCACCGCUCCAUGCCUGAGCACCCCGCCUUCCAGAACGAGCUCGGGAUCGCUGCUCUCCGGCGGGUGCUGACCGCCUACGCUUUCCGAAACCCCACCAUCGGCUACUGUCAGGCCAUGAACAUCGUCACCUCAGUGCUCCUGCUCUAUGGCAGCGAGGAGGAGGCCUUCUGGCUGCUGGUGGCCCUCUGUGAGCGCAUGCUGCCCGACUACUACAACACCAGAGUGGUGGGUGAGUGCCUGCGGCCCGGCUUUCCCUGCGGGGGCAGCGGCCUUCCUGUGCCAGGCUCUCCACUGAGCACACAGCACAAAUACCUGGAUAAUGUGGUUAAUAAGCAGAGUGUUUCUCCUCCUAUCCCACACCUCCACGCCCUGCUGACUAGUGGAGAUGACCCUCCCACAGAGGUGGACAUCUUCGACCUCCUGAAGGUGUCAUAUGAGAAAUUCAGCAGCCUGAGGGCCGACGACAUUGAACAGAUGCGGUUUAAGCAGAGGCUGAAAGUGAUCCAGUCCCUGGAGGAUACGGCCAAGAGGAGCGUGGUCCGAGCUAUACCUGGGGACAUUGGUUUCUCAAUUGAAGAGCUGGAGGACCUUUACAUGGUGUUUAAGGCCAAGCACCUGGCAAGUCAGUACUGGGGGGGCAGCCGCCCCACGGCUGUGCGUCGGGACCCCAGCCUGCCGUACCUGGAACAGUACCGUAUCGAUGCAGGCCAGUUCCGGGAACUCUUCGCCAGCCUGACACCCUGGGCCUGCAGCUCCCACACGCCUGUACUGGCGGGGCGCAUGUUCCGGCUCCUGGAUGAAAACAAGGACUCUCUGAUCAACUUCAAGGAGUUUGUGACAGGAAUGAGCGGGAUGUACCAUGGGGACCUGACCGAGAAGCUCAAGGCACUCUACAAGCUGCACCUGCCCCCAGCCCUGAGCCCAGAGGAGGCAGAGUCAGCCCUGGAAGCGACCCAUUACUUCACAGAGGACAGCUCCUCAGAAGCAUCUCCUCUGGCCUCAGAUCUGGACAUUUUCCUGCCCUGGGAGGCUCAAGAAGCACUACGGCAGGAAGAGCAAGAGGGAGGUGGAAAUGAGGACGUCCAAGACAAAAAAGGAGAAGAGAAGGGGAUCAGUCCUCCAGACUAUCGCCACUACCUUCGCAUGUGGGCCAAAGAGAAGGAGGUUCAGAAGGAGACGAUUAAGGAUCUUCCCAAGAUGAACCAGGAACAGUUCAUUGAGCUGUGCAAGACGCUUUAUAACAUGUUCAGCGAGGACCCCAUGGAGCAGGACUUGUACCAUGCCAUUGCCACGGUGGCGAGCCUCCUACUCCGCAUCGGCGAGGUGGGGAAGAAGUUUUCUGUGCAGCCGGGCAGGAAGCCCCAGGACGGUGCACCCGAGGAGGAUGAGCUGCCCACCCCAGACCCCCCGCAGGACCUGGCCCCAGAGCUUCAGCCUCCAGCUGCGGGCGACCCCCAGGCCAAAGCCGGGGGAGACACCCACCUUGGGAAAGCUCCCCAGGAGAGCCAAGUGGUGGGCGAAGGGGGCGGCGGCGAGGGGAGGGGCUCCCCCCCCCAGCUUCUGUCCGACGACGAAACCAAAGACGACAUGUCCAUGUCCUCCUACUCGGUGGUCAGCACAGGCUCCCUGCAGUGUGAGGACCUGGCCGACGACACGGUGCUGGUAGGCGGGGAGGCCCAAAGCCCCCCAGCCAUUGCCCGCUGUGGGGGCACCGUGGACACCGACUGGUGCAUUUCCUUCGAGCAGAUCUUAGCCUCCAUCCUGACGGAGUCCGUUCUGGUGAACUUCUUUGAGAAGAGGGUGGACAUUGGACUCAAGAUCAAGGACCAAAAGAAGGUGGAGAGACAGUUCAGCACCUCCAGUGACCUCGAACAGUCUGGACUUUCGGGCUGA